GCGAAUCGAAGAGUCGACUUUUUAAUGAACGAUUCAUCAGUGUUCACUACACUCGCGGCCAUCUUGGAGUCAGCAGUCUAGCUGGGCGACCCGCAGUUUUUGGGAUGGGAGGAACUGCUGCCAAACUUUUGAGUCUCGGAGUGUACAUUUGAACAGUCGCUUGUAAUAUUUUGCGGAACUUGUGCUAGAUAAAGCGCUUAUACUGAGAGAAAGCUUGCACUCUUUUUUCCUCUUAUUUUCCGGCUGGGUAAAGCAGAGUGCAGUUCACUCGGCCUGUUAAAACCGUUAACUAUUUGUGUUUACUUUUAUCAGAGCAACAGUUUUUCCUCUGUUGGCACUUUUCUCUUUUUAAACCAGAUAAACAUAGUUGCUGGGCGGUUAUGGUGUGUACAAGGUCCACACUGCAGAAGUUGGUAGUUUGUGCCACCGGUUGGACACCGUUUUGUGUGUAGUAAUGCGGUGUGAUAUAUGAGUUGUAUUCAUGUGGAGUGGCGGCGGUGUUUUCCGGCGUUUGUUAUGCUGAAACUAACUCGAUGCUGACUGAUCUUCUCCAUGAUCAUCAGCAACCACCUGCUUUGUAGCCGGACCUUCUCUAUGAUCUUCAUCAGCCAUCGCCUGCUUUCCAGCUUUCCUUCGAAAUAAAGUAGUGCUGUUAAAGACUCUUGGAAAGGAGAAGCACUUCGGGGAUCAAGACAUAAUAAAAUGUCAACAAGAACCCCACUACCUACAGUCAAUGAGCGAGAUACAGAAAAUCACACCUCACAUAGUGACACACAAAAUGAUGGUGCCACACGGUCCAGUCGCCCUGGUGCUCGAUGCCGGAGCUCCAUUGCCUCCUGUGCUGAUGACCAGCCACAUAUUGGAAACUACCGGCUGCUCAAAACUAUCGGCAAGGGCAAUUUUGCCAAGGUCAAACUGGCAAGACACAUUCUCACAGGAAGAGAGGUGGCUAUAAAGAUCAUUGAUAAGACACAGCUUAAUCCUACCAGUCUCCAAAAGCUCUUCCGGGAAGUAAGAAUAAUGAAGAUUCUAAACCAUCCAAAUAUUGUAAAGCUUUUCGAGGUUAUAGAAACAGAGAAAACCCUUUAUCUGGUGAUGGAGUAUGCCAGUGGAGGGGAGGUGUUUGACUACCUCGUAGCUCAUGGACGGAUGAAGGAGAAGGAGGCCAGAGCUAAAUUUAGACAGAUUGUAUCAGCUGUACAGUACUGCCAUCAAAAACACAUUGUGCACAGGGACCUCAAGGCAGAGAAUCUGCUGCUAGACGCAGACAUGAACAUUAAAAUAGCAGACUUCGGCUUCAGCAACGAGUUCACGCUCAGCAACAAGCUGGACACGUUCUGUGGCAGUCCGCCGUACGCCGCCCCCGAACUGUUCCAAGGCAAGAAGUAUGACGGGCCUGAGGUGGAUGUCUGGAGCCUGGGGGUCAUCCUCUACACACUGGUCAGCGGAUCGCUGCCUUUUGAUGGCCAGAACCUGAAGGAGCUGAGGGAGCGAGUUCUGAGAGGAAAGUAUCGCAUUCCUUUCUACAUGUCUACUGACUGCGAAAACCUCCUCAAGCGCUUCCUGGUGCUCAAUCCUAUUAAGCGGGGCACACUUGAGCAAAUCAUGAAGGACCGGUGGAUCAAUGCUGGUUUUGAUGAUGAUGACCUUAAGCCCUUUGUGGAACCAGAGCUUGACAUCUCAGACCAGAAGAGAAUAGACAUAAUGGUGGGUAUGGGUUAUUCACGCGAGGAGAUCCACGAGUCUCUAACCAGGAUGAAGUAUGAUGAGAUUACUGCCACCUACCUGCUGCUUGGCAGGAAACCCACAGAGUUGGAAGCCAGUGACUCCAGCUCCAGCAGUAAUCUGUCCCUGGCCAAAGCCAGAACCAACGGUGAGCACAACAAUGGCCAGUCACCAUCUCACCCCAAAGUCACAAGGACCACCUCAAAUCAGAAACAACGGCGCAACAAUGACCAGGCUGGCCCAGCAAUUCCAUCAGUCGGCAAUCCUAAAAGAAGCCAAACAACAACAGCAGACAACGAGCACAAAGAAGAUACCAAUACUUCUCACAAGUCCAGCACUUCUGGGAGCCAUGGCAUGGCACCCCCGAGCCCGCUGCUGGGCAACGCAAACAAUCCCAACAAGGCUGAUAUUCCUGAUCGCAAAAAAGGCUCUUCUGCCACCACUGGGAGUAAUUCCGUUUCCGGUGGGAUGACCAGAAGAAAUACGUACGUUUGCAGUGAACGAAAUGCUGGGGAUCGUCACUCAGUUGUCCAGAACGGCAAAGAAAACAGCCUGAGUGAGAUGUCGGCGUGUGCUGCUGCCCCCGGUCCGUCUUCAUACAUCGCCGCACUCACUGCCUCGUCUGCCUCGGUCCGUUUGAGGCACCACAAAGCAGCACCACUGUCGGCUUCAGGCCACACUUGCCGCUCCACACUGCCCCCUAGUGAUUGCACUGCUGAAAUCUUCAGGCUCAACACAAGCACGACCCCUGCCCAGCGGAACCCCGGAGCCUCCACCCACAGUGUUAGCAGUGCCACACCACCGGACCGCUUACGCUUCCCACGUGGCACAGCAAGUCGCAGCACCUUUCACGGUGGCCAGUUAAGAGACCGUCGGACAGCCACAUACAACGGACCCCCUGCAUCACCCACCCUCUCCCACGAUGCACAGUCGCGGAGUCGCGGGUCUACCAACCUCUUCUCCAAACUCACUUCAAAACUCACACGCAGAAACAUGUCGUUCAGGUUUACUAAAAGUCGGAAUGUGUCGGGAGAGCAGAGAGAGGACCAGAAAGACACCAAACCACGUUCCCUGCGCUUCACCUGGAGCAUGAAGACCACGUCAGCCAUGGAGCCCAGGGACAUGAUGCGCGAGAUCCGCAAGGUGCUUGAUGCCAACAACUGCGACUACGAGCAGCGUGAGCGCUUCCUGCUGCUCUGCGUCCACGGAGACGGCCACGCCGAGAGCCUCGUUCAGUGGGAGAUGGAGGUGUGCAAGCUGCCCCGGCUCUCGCUCAACGGUGUACGUUUUAAACGGAUUUCUGGAACGUCCAUCGCUUUCAAGAACAUAGCUUCAAAAAUAGCCAACGAGUUAAAGCUGUAAAAAGAAAAUCGAAAAUGUGAAACAGGAUGUGACGACGGACUGAGGCACAAAAUUGUUAUUAAUAACUUGAACAUUGUUUUAUUUUGUUUUUUUGGAAACAGUAGCAAAGAUUUAAGGAUUGUUCUUCAACACUUACAAACGUAUGUAAUAAACCCCUGCAACAUUGAGGCUUUUUAUUAUUAUUUUAACACUUAGUGAUCCGAAACUGUAUGAAAAAAAUGUGAUGGAUGGAUGAUAAUUUAUGUACUGUUGCAUUACAUGUCCUUCAUAAAAUCCCAGUAUUUUUACUUAGUACAGUUCUCGCCACAAUCUUUUGUCUUGAACAAGCCAUUAGGUAAUCCAUUGAGAUUUUUCUUUUGCACCCAAUCUCCAACAAAUAAUUUUCAUUACAUUUUCGGGAUUUAGCAGACACGUAGUGACUCACAGUACUGUGACAGUAUACAAUCUAAGCAAUUUAAGGUUAAGAGCCUUGCUCAAGGGCCCAACAGAGGCAACCUGGCAGUGGUGGGGCUUGAACCAGCAACCUUUUGAUUGCAGGUCCAGUAUCUUUCUUUCUUUUUCCCCCCAAUUUUCUUCCCCUAAUCUAGUCAUGUCCAAUCACCCCGAUUGCAUCCUCUCUACUGAUUCGACCGCUCACCGCUGACUGAGGACGCCUCUCAACUGGCAUACGCCCCCUCCGGCAUGUACAGUCAGUACAGACUGCAUUUUUCACCUGCACGAGUCGAGUUCAUACACCAAUCGGCAUUGUGUAUGGCGAGUCACACCCCCAUCAGCAUUAUUCCUCAGCCCUGUGCAGGGCACCCCCCGUGUGCCCAAUCAACCAGACUGUGACAGGGACCUGUUGGAUUGGACGGUUCAACAUACCAGAUGAUGCUGACAGGAUCUAGCUUUUAUAGUCUGCUGCCAUAAAUUAGUUAAAACAGGCUAUUCCAGUGUGUUGUGGGAAUAAAUCAGUUACCAGUUAAUCAGUGUAAAUGGGGUCAGACCCCAUUGUUAGCUUUCAGCCCUAAAGAAACCAUGACAGUGUUUUAUUUCCUGGAAUGUAAAUAAUGUAUCUUAGUUUAUAAUUGUUUUUUUUCCUCUGUUUUUUUUUUUUUUUUUUUAAUCUGGCUGUAAGUCAAACUUUUCAAAUGACUGUACUCAUCACAUGAUAAGGUUAACCAGUGUCUCCAUUAAAACACCCAGCAAUUUU